AUGGCGGCGAAUACGAGCAACUGGAAUAACGGAGCAAGUGCAAGCAAAGCUUCUUCAAGUAAGAAGUCAAAAAAAUGGUCUUGGUCUCCCCAAAUGAUUGAUGCAUUAAUAAGUGCAUUGCAAGAAUAUAAAAAUAUGUCCGAAUUUAACUCAAUUGACUUCAAUGCCAACAAAGUACGUCUGUACGAGGAAGUGAGGAAAAUUCUUGCCAAAUCAUAUCAAGAAGAUUUUGGUCCCCAACAAGCGUGUGAACCCGAAAAACCUGUCAAAGAAAUGACAAAAGACGAAUACGAUCAGUAUAAGGCAGGCCAUGAUUUGGAUUUAAAACAAAUUAAAGUUGAGAAAAUAAAAAGUAUUAGACAAGACUACUCGAAAGCAAUUACUAGCGGCCGUAGAAGUGGUAGUGGGAAAAUCGUUUUGGAAUAUUUUGACAAACUUGCUAUAAUCUGGAGUGGCUCUCCUUCUACAGAUUCUCUAUCUUUUGGAGUGGAUACACAAAGUAUCAAUUAUUCUGGGAAAGAACAGUCAGAUUGCUCUCGCCCUGAAACACCUUUGAGUACAUUAGAUGCAGAUGUAGAAAACAGUGAAUCAGAGUUGGAUAGUUUAUAUGCAGAAAAUAUUGGCUCUACAUUUUCUUGUGCUUUUGCACAAAAAAGAAAAAUUGAUCUAUCAUCUUCAAAUGUGCCACGGCUAAUAGACAAUAAGCGUAAAAAUCUAGAGAAGAGAUUAUCAGCAGCACAACGACACCAGAAGCUGAUGGACGCCGCAAAGGAAGACACAGAAAUGAGAAGAGAAAUGCUUGAAUGUUUUAAGGAAUCAUCUAAAACAACAGCUCCUGCAAUUGAAAACAUGUCUUCUACUUUGAAAGAAAUGACACAAGGAAUGACCCAAGCAAUGUUGUCUAUUGCAAAUAGCUUCUCCCAACCUAGAAGAAAUUAUUCCUCAUGUUUUCCAUAUGAUUUUAAUCAACCAUUGUCAUUUUCCACCCCAAACACAUCUUUCUCUUAUUCAAGUGAAACUCAUGAAACAUUGCAUUAGUUG